UUCUGCAGACAGUGCAUCACCUCAUACUGGGACCAGUCUGGCUCUUCAGGAGACUCCUCCUGUCCCCAGUGUGGACAAAGAUCCAGAACAGGAGCUGGAGAUCGUGGUCUGCAGGAGGUUUUAGAUGAACAUAAGCUCAGUGUGAGGAGGAGAUGUGAACAUGUGACUGAAGGAAGUGAUGAAACAGGAAGUAGAACCCUCCUCAACAGGAUCUACACUGAGCUCUACAUCACAGAGGGACAGAGUGAAGAGGUUAAUACUCAACAUGAGGUGAGGCAGCUUGAGACGGCUUCCAAGAAGAAGAUCCUCCACGACACUCCCAUCAGGUGCCACGACAUCUUUAAAGCCUCCACUGACCAGCAGAGCAGCAUCAGAGUCGUCCUGACCAACGGCGUCGCUGGCGUUGGAAAAACCUUCUCGGUGCAGAAGUUCACUCUGGACUGGGCAGAGGGUUUAGAAAACCAGGAUGUGGGUCUGCUGACUGUGCUUUCGUUCAGGGAGCUGAACCUGGUGAAGGACCAGCAGCACAGUCUCCUCACGCUGCUCCGUGUUUUCCAUCCAGCGUUACAGAAGCUCACGGCAGAGACGCUCGCUGUCUGUAAACCUUUGUUCAUCUUUGACGGCCUGGAUGAAAGCAGACUUUCUCUGGACUUCAACCACGGGGAGCUUGUGUCUGAGGUCACACAGAGGUCAUCAGUCAACGUGCUGCUGACAAACCUCAUCCGGGGGAAUCUGCUUCCCUCGGCUCUCGUCUGGAUAACCUCCAGACCUGCGGCGGCCAAUCAGAUCCCUUCUACAUGUGUUGACAGGGUCACAGAAGUACGAGGCUUCACUGACGCCCAGAAGGAGGAGUACUUCAGGAGGAGAUUCAGUAAUAAAAAGCUCUGCAGCAGAAUCAUCUCACACAUCAAGACGUCCAGGAGCCUCCACAUCAUGUGUCAAAUCCCAGUCUUCUGCUGGAUCAGUGCUACAGUUCUGGAGCACAUGUUGACCACAGAGCAGAGAGGAGAGCUGCCCAAGACCCUGACUGACCUGUACUCACACUUCCUGCUGGUUCAAACAAAGAGGAAGAACAACAAGUACGGUGAGGGACAUGAGACGACUCCACAGCAGCUGACGCAGGCUGACAGGGACGUUCUGCUGAAGCUGGGCAGGCUGGCACUUAAACAUCUGGAGGAAGGAAACAUCAUGUUCUACCAAGAAGACCUGGAGCGGUGUGGUCUUAAUGUCACAGAGGCCUCUGUGUACUCAGGACUUUGUACUGAGAUCUUCAGAAGAGAAUCAACAAAGAAGAACUAA